AUGCAGCAACAAACGCCUCCCGAAUUUAUUCUAGACGCCUUCGCCGAUCCGGCCUCCGUACGGGAUGUUGUCAAAGGAAUCCUUCACACAAUUUUCUUCCAUCGCUUCUUCCCCGCCGUUAUCCCCUACACCCGCGAGGUCCUCGAUCUGACCCUGCCCUAUGUCGACGACGUCGAGCUCGAGACCAUGAUCGAACAGCGCGCCACCGCCCUCGUGCGCCAGCUUGACGCCGAGCGCUCUUCGUCCUCGACCUCGACAGGCUCGGGCGGCGGCGGAGGGCGCGGGCAGCUUAACGUCCAGUUCUUCGAGAAGAAGCGCCGCAAGGCCUGGCUCAUGCGCGGCGAUGAGGAGGUCUGCUGGGAAUGCUGGACAGUCAAGGUCACUGUCGCCGAGCCCAGGACCGAGACAGAACGCGCAAAAGUUCGGAAGGCCAUGGAACAAACACUCAUGACGACCGUCAUGAAGGUCAUCACUUUCGUCAACGCCCACAAGGACCACAUCCCUCCGAUAACGACGCAGGGGUCGAAUCCUUUCCCCUACCAAAUCAACAUCAACCAGAAGGAGUCUGGAUGGGCCACGAGGAUGGGCAUAUACUGA